AUGAUUUCAGAGCCUUUAAACACCAUUAACGGCAGUUCAGCUUUAGAUUGUGACUCUCUCGCCUCAUUGCUGUCAGAGAGAAUCGAUUAUUUGUCCCUAUAUGGGCCCCUGUGUGACGCUUUGGAGAAAAAUCACUUCUCGGCCAAGGGCCUAGAAGGCGGUAGAGCCGAGUGCCAGCUCGAGGUGGAAGUUAGGCUGGGCACCGUGCAGAACGUGAGGUCUGAGCAGCGGUUCAGCCUGCCCCUGACGACAGAUACACUGGUGUCCACGAGAGCACCAGUCAAGUUUGUCCCAGGGGUGACGGAAGAACAGUACAAUUCCUUCAAGAACCUAAUCUCAGAAGUGGCAGAUCAGGAGAAAAACAAAGACGAGUGGACGAAGAAGCCCAAUGUGAGCACAAUUAAUCGGUUCUUUGAGAUACCAGGGUACGAAGAGCUAGUUAGGAUUAGCGUGCAGACGGACAACGCAGGAAGUAAAACCAGCAAGGACGCAGGGUUCGAGUCGAUACGCAAGGUCAACCUGCUGAAGUGGAACAUCAGCUCGGGCUCAAACCAGGAAAGCGAAGAGUCGGAAGAGUACGCGCAGCAGGACCUGCUCGACUUCAGGAUCGCAGUUAACCUGGAGUACAAGGUGCAGCUGGCCAGCCUGCCCACGACGAGCAACGCAAAGCACUGCAGAAAAAGGCUGCGCGACUCGUACAUAAGUAAGCCGGGAAAGGUGCGCUUCGACCUCUCGAAGGUGGAGGAAGUAACGGAGACGAAGGGCCACACGUCAUCGCAGAGCUCGACCUACGAAAUCGAGAUUGAGCUGAUUGGAGAGGAGAUAGUGAGCUGCCUGAGGAACAAAGCACUCGACUCGUCGGAGCGGCUGAAUAGAUUAAAGUACCACUGCGCAACGCUGGUGAAGUCGGCCAGGUACGUGAGGGACUUCCUGUGCAGCAGAGAUAAAACGCUCAAGUACGGCUCGUACUUAAACGCGAUUUCGGAAAAGGUGGGUCUCUACGACCUGAGGAUAGCGUCCCAGGACGAGGAGGCAGUUAAGAGGUACAAGGCGCACCUGUCCCCGCAAAUGCCACUGAUAGGAGACUACAUGUUCAGAACAGUGGCGCACUACGUGGAAAACAACCCGGACUCACAUAAGGGCAGGAAGUCACUCUACAGCGAGCACCUGGGAAAAAUUCCGGGCCCCUUUGCAGUAAAACUGGACGAACAGGGCAGGAAGACAAGUGACAGUGGCGUAGUCGACGAAGUCUGCGAAAAAUUCGGCGAGCCAGUGGCUGCGUUCAACUGUGUUCAUAAAUUUGUGAAUUGUAUGUACCCGCUAGCUAGAAUACCCGGUGGGAGUCACGCAGUGCGUAAACAUUAG